CGUCUAUACUGCACGAAGUAUUACGUACAAUUCCGAUAUGUUACUUCCGGGGAAAAACCAAUGUCAUUUUAAUUUCAACAUAAGUAAAGACGGUUGAGGUAACAUUUAGGUUUACGGUGUAUUGUUAUACUAAAUUGCAUCUUGUAUCGUUUCAAAAUAAGAAAAUAACGGAAUACUUAUUUAUCACGUGAACUUGAUUUUAAAUUAAUUUAUUUCAAAAUCGAAAGUGGACAUUGAUUUUGAUGUCAAAUACAGAAUGGCAAGUUUUAGUAGGAAUGUUGUUAACCAGGACAAUUCAAGUGACUCAGCUUCAGACAAUAUUGUCGAUCGAUCAUGCGAGCCUUGUAUGAAAAACAGCUUGACAAACAAGGCCACUCUGUUCUGCUUGACAAACAAGGCCACUCUGAUCUGCAAGGUUUGUAACGUUCUGCUGUGUGACCAGUGCAGACAUCCACACACCAUUCAUAUAGUUGGGAAGCAUGAAAUAGUCCGUAUUAAGGGCAUGGAUUCAGUCCCGGUGGUAGUGGACAUGAUAGGCAUGAACACCUGUCAGUCGCAUGGCAAGAAGAUCAAGUAUUACUGCAAUGACCAUUCCAAGCUCUGCUGCACUACUUGUGCGAUCUCACAUGGCAAAUGUGAUCAAUUAGAUGAAAUAGCCAGUGUGUCUGAACGAAAAGUGCCAGACCCGAGUUUCUUAAAACAGAUCUUACUACAAUCAGAAGCGGAUGCAGACUCUUUAAUAGUGGACUGUGAGCAGUCAAAGGCGGAUUUUAAUCAGUCCAUUGUAGACAUUUCUACAGAAUUGCAUGAAAUGAGAGACCGUGUCAUGAAACUGUUUGGCAUGGCUGAGAAGAGCAUUAUGAGUGAAGCGAAUGCAAUAAAGUGUGUGUAGUUCAAGCGACUUGACGAUAUACAAGCAGCAUCUUGCAAGAUUAAGAACAACAUCAAUCAAGUGGUGUCAAUGUGUUCCGCUCUCUUGGAAAAUGGGGCGCCAUAUCAAAAGUACAUAUUCUGGAGAAAUGUUCAGCAGAAAAAUGAAUCGUUCAUAUCUGAUAUAACUGAACAACGAAAGACGCAAGUCACAACAAAAAUGACAUUGUCUUUUCCGAAGGAGCUAUCAACAAUUCUUGAAAAAGGAAACAACGACAUUAAGCUUAAUUGUGAGCGCAAGCAUACAGUGGAAACCCAUCUUUUCAGCUUAUAUAAUGAUAAUCUUAUAUCCUCCGACCCAAGGCCAAUCACCCUGGAUCUAACAAAGACUGGAGAUGAUAAGGAGGAUCCUCUCCUCACUGGACUAGACUUCCUGCCGGACGUGAGACUGGUAGCUGUGGAUAGCUGGAACAAGAAAUGUAUGAUACUGAAUGAGCGACUACAGAGACUUGGAACACCGUACACGUUCAAGUAUCACCCAUAUGGCGUAGUAUGUAUGUCUCAUGAUGCACUUUGUGUAACGUUUGGUAUAGGUAAAGUAGUAGGUCUUCUGUCUGUGAGUACAAACAAUACCAUCAGACUGACGAGGGAGAUCAGUACAUCAUCCGCGUUCUAUUCUAUUUGCUGCAUGUCUCCAUCUCACAUGGUCGUGAGUACGUACGAUGAUGAUACUCGACCUUCGAGAAUAAUAUCACUGGACGGUGUGGAGAAUGACUUGGAUCACGUGGUGUUUGCCACAAAGACGUACACACUCGAUGAGAGUACGUGCACGUAUGUCCAGUCUAAGAACACGCUAGUACUGACUGACAGGCUCGCUCACACAGUGUACUUGUACAACACCGUGAAGGGCACGUCGAGAGCAGUUACUUAUGAGAAAAUACAAGAACCUCGUGGUGCCUGUCGAGGGCCAGGUGACACGGUGCUGGUGUGCAGUAAGAAUAAGAACUCCAUCGUGCACCUGACCAUAAAACGGUGAAAUACUCGGUACAUUCCCAGUGAAUAUGGAGUGUCCGUACAGCAUAUGUGUGUCUAAGGAUGGCACAAGGUUGGCCGUGUCAAACAACCCUAAAGGCGCCAGGAAACUAAAGUUGUAUAAGAUAUCACCAAAAGUGAGUUAGGUGACUAGUAAGAUAAUGAUCACGCGAUCAUUUUUGUACACACAUUUUAAAUCAAUACUGAAUACUUUUUCGUUUAAUAAAAAUUGAAAAUU